CGCUCCUGCGCGCGCGCCAUGAAGGCCGUCGCGGAGCCGCGAGGGCAGCGGCCCGGGGUCGGGGUCGGCGUAGUGGUGACCAGCAGCCGGCAUCCUCGAUGCGUCCUCCUGGGCAAGAGGAAAGGGUCGUUUGGAGCCGGCAGUUUCCAGCUCCCUGGGGGUCAUCUGGAGUUCGGUGAGACCUGGGAAGAAUGUGCUCAGAGGGAAACCUGGGAAGAAGCCGCCCUUCACCUGAACAAUGUUCGCUUUGCCUCGGUUGUGAACUCUUUCGUUGAAAAAGAGAAUUACCAUUAUGUGACUAUACUGAUGAAAGGAGAGGUGGACGUGACUCGGGAUUCAGAACCAAAGAAUGUAGAACCUGAAAAGAAUGAAAGCUGGCAGUGGGUUCCUUGGGAAGAAUUUCCUCCACCAGAUCAGCUUUUCUGGGCACUGCGCUGUUUGAAGGAACAAGGCUAUGAUCCAUUCAAAGAAGAUUUGGACCAUCUGGUAGGAUACAAAGGAAACCAUCUCUAAGCGACAAGAAGAGUUCCUGAGGUUUUUUCCCUUUAAAAGACAAAAAUUAUAUCUGUUAGGGGAUGAAAAAAUACCUGCACUUCAAAACGACUGUACUGUAUCUAAAACGUUGCAUAUGAUUGCCAGUUGUUUGCAGUGCCUAACAUACCCACCUCCCUUUCAGUCAGCACCUGAGAGCCUCCCUGGAAUGUGUCACUGGACUGUAUUUCAGACACAGAGUAUAUGACAAGCAGAGAUAGGGCCGUUAAUCGGCCUUCCCUGUGUGUCUGUGAUAUUUACUCUGCAGGUUGUCACUGCCAGCACACAUGGAAUAGGGGCAGCAGAAUGUGCCGUAGUAUUUGAGUUCAAAUAGAAAUCUCAAUGCAAAUACCGUAGUUCAGAUUCAGACACGGUAUGCCUGUUGUAGGGUGUAUCAUGUUUGUUGAUUGUCUGCUUUGAUUUAAAAAAUGGUUUUUUGGUAAAAUAUUGUGACAGUCUUUGCAGCUAGAGAGAACAGGACAGGCCAGUAGGGAACAUUUUCCAGGCUUCUACCUGAGAUGCUAGGCCAAGAGAAGUGAGACAGUUCAUUGUGUUUUUAUUAAAAGUGCAGUUUUUAUUAAAAUUGGGGAGAUAUGUAUUAUGACUUCCAUUUUAUGUACCUCAGAAUCAAAUGAAAAUCUUGUCUGAACUUAAGCUUCUCCAAAGAUUUUUCACAUCAACUUUGUGUCAACUUCUGUUAUAGCAUAAAUUAAUUCUGCCAUACUUCUUUAAUACCAAAUUCCUAUUCCA